UAUUUUAAAAUUAUGGUUAUUUAAAAUACGUUGUCAAAUUAUGUGUGUUUUUCUUGAAAACUUGAUUUUUUUUUGUCAUAAACCGGAUUCCUUUGCAGAGGGUCAUAUAUGACGACAUUUCCGUUCAUGGUAAAUAGUGAAAUAGUAAAAGAGCAACGUGAGAGAAGAGAUUGAAGAAGCUUAGUUGUCACGAAUGCGAAGAAAUAUUGAGAAUAGGAAAGAAUAGAACGUUAAGAAUGCGAAAGUUCGACUAUAUUAAUUUCCCUCGCGGUUAUUGAAACCCACGUCGCGCAAUAAGUGUCCACUAGAUAUUUUACCGCUGCUUGUUUUACUCGCGCGAUUACUCAGAUCGAGUGAUCGACUCUAUCGAACGAUUUUCUCCGAUAGUGUAGCCGUGGAGGCGAUGUCCGCUCUUCGCCGAACCCAUGAUAUUCGGUAAGACCAAGCUCUACUGGGACGAAUGGAAGAAGCAGUGGGACGAACAGUUGAACGAAUGGACGUCUUUAAAUGUUGAAAAAUCACCGCCGAGCGUAUCCCCGAAUGAAGAAGACACGAGAAUCAAGUUUGACGAUGAAAACAGCGUGUUAGAGCGGCAGGCCUCCGCGCAGAAACGACAACGUAUCUCAGACGUGUCCGCUUCAAUGUUUCCGUUGUUAAACUUGAGCAAAACGAGCGUCGUCGACCGUUCGCUGAACCGAGUGCGAAAGGACAUUCCGCUGAGCCGAGCGCGAGAUAGACGCGUCGCCCGUCGAACUGACGAUCAAUGUUAUCAGCGGCGCGCCUUCAUUCGAUCGUUAUACGAGCAACCGGAAGCCACGAACGCCUCGCGGAAAAAACAUCGCGCUAAGAAUCUCGCCGAUGCCUUGCAGGCCGACGUACCGGCACCACGUAGACGAAGCAGUCGCGUAGCUUCAGUAGACCUCUCGGCACUCGUUAAAGCCAUGCUCGUGGCGGACGACGAGAAAACGACGAAGCGAUUCGAGCACGAAUCGCCUAAGAACGCCAAGCCGCGCAAUACCGCUCGCGAGAGACGUCGAGAGCACCUGAAGAUUAAUCUGGAAUAAUAAAACAUACGCCAGGACGCGUCAUUAGUGUUUUAUACUUCCAAUUUAAGAUUUUAAGACUUAGAAUUCAAUCUUAUAUCGAUUAAUCACUUUUUAACCGACUGACAAAUCCAUUUGAACAAUUGCAGAGCAAUUUCAUUAUGCGCCAAAGACGAUGCGUUAUAAAGUAAAAAAGUUUAGAUAUUCUUCGAAUCACUUGGAA